CGAUUUGUAAACGUGGUCUGUCCUGUCGGGAGAGUAGAUCUAUUCCUUUCAGUUCACACAUAUUUUUCUAUCUGGUUUUAGCAGCAAUGAGGACCCUGCGGACCAGAAACACCUCCGAAAUAGGAUCCACUAAGCCAGAAUCUCCAGUGGAACACAGUGGAAAGACAACAUCAGCUGGAAGAAAGUUUAAACAUUUUACACUGCCCCCUAUCCUUAGACGGAAUUCCAAGAGUAACAGCAACGUCUCCUUUCCAGAUGUACCCAACACAUCCUGUCUUAUAGCUGCCCCCCAGAAGGAGUUGUUGACUCUUGAGCAGAACCUUGAGAGAAAUUGCCUGUCUGCUGCUGGCCAACAGCUGAUAGACAGAGAGGAGCAUCUAUAUGGACAGAUCUCAGAAGUAGCUCAGCCAACCACAGAGAGAGAGAAGAAGGAGAAAGAGCAGCUCGCCAGAGAUCACAAAGGCCUCCUCAGCCACAUAGACCUGGCUGUGAAGAGUUCUCUCAGUCUGGACGAAGACAGUCUGGAAGCUCUGAAGUCUGCAGUGAAGGCUAUCCUACAGGAGGAGGAGCAGGAUAGGCGAUGGCUGAAGCAGAAGAGUAAACGGCCUUCCUGGAGGCCCCGUGAGUGUAGACGUCACCACGACACUGUCAUCCAGAGCCUGGUGGAGGAGUGUAUGGUCAAUGCCGAAUUGCCCCCUGAAGAGAGCAACAAGCUACGCUCCUCCCUGCAGAGGGACAUCUGUGGGAAGGGCAGACGCCUACAGGAGGACCUGCUGAGGGUGGUAAAGGAUGUGAAGGGCUGUUACCCAGAGGACAUGGAUAUCUGCAACCUCUAUGGAAAAAUGUACCACCAAGCCUUCAGUGCAGGGAUGAGAAAGAUUGCAGAGUAUGGGCUGGGCAUGGUUGACUGUUCUUACCUCCUGCAUUGGGUGAAUGUUGCCUACCCAGAGAUUCUACAAAAUCUGGAACUGACCAAGGCGAUUAACCCUGAAGCGUUGGGAAAGCUGUUGACUGAAGAGUUAACAACACAACUGGAGAAUCAAUAUCUUACUCACCAAGAGACAGAGGUGCAGACAUUGAUCAACAAAGUGCUGAAUGUAGAGGAGCAAGCCUGGAGGGAGGGAUCUGUGCCAGAGCUCAGAGACAACUGUUACUUUAGCCCCUUGGCCAUUGAUGUCAUUCAGUUUGUUAAUGCUGCAUUCGAAUCAGUAGAGACAGUUUUGGGAGACACGUCCAAAGUCCAGAUGAUUGCGUGCCUGUUGAAGGACUUCUUGAAUAGCUACAAGAAAUUCCAGGAGAAAGUUCUCAAGGGAAGCAACAAUAGAAACAGCAGAACUGUGAUAAUGGCCAAUCUUUCCUGUGUUGAACAAUUUAGGGACUAUAUUGUGAAGAAAGCAGAUCUCUUCCCAGUGGAUAUAAAGGAAUGCUGUUUGUCCAUAGUAGCUGAUAUGAAAAAUUGUGGCUACAGAUCUUUAACAAGCCCCAUACACAAGGACCUCAAGUCUCAGUACAGCAGUCUGGGAACGCCCAUAUGGUUGGAGAAGAAACAGGUGUUUGAGAAGCUGUUGGAAGGAAUUAACAAACACACCCAGGAUGUUAGGGGCUUGACUGACUCCUGCCAUCAGGAGCUGCUGGGCCAGCUGCACUUGGAGGUGACAGUGGAGUACGUGAGGAGGCUACUGAAGAGGAAGAUCAAGCUGAGAGACAAAAGGAUGCAGGAGCAGGCGGCCAGGUUGGUGUGUGAGGAUGGCCAGAGACUAAACAAACUGUUCACUGAAGCGGGUUCCAGGGAGGAGUGGCUGAGUGACAUUCUGGCCAGGAUUGCUGAAGUGCUGAAACUCCAAGACAUUUCCUCCAUACAGCUGGAAAUAGUAACUCUGAGUCAAGCUUACCCUGAUCUCAGUGACGUCCAGGUGACCGCCCUGCUUAGCCUCAAGUCCAACCUUUCUGCCUCAGCUGUGAAGAGGAUAAAGAAGACCCUCCUGGACAUCCAGGACACCACCAGCUCCCAGGAUGGCCCGUCGUUUUUCUCCAAGGUAUAGGGUUUCCACUAGUUACCACUAUCAUUUUGGUCUUAAUUUAAUGUUAGGGUUAGGCAUGAGGUUAGCAGUGUGGUUAAGGCUAGAGUUUUAAAAUCAUAUUUUAACACGAGAAAUUGUAAAAAUGGGUGUGGUUUAUGAUUUGGUGGCUGUGAUAACUAGUGACGACAGGUCAAAUGAUUGUUGAACACUCUUGAGUCAAGUCUGUAGUGUUAACCAUGCAAUGAUAAGCUGUACUGUAUUAGAUUGUUGCAAAAUAGCUUGUCUUUUGUAUAUGGGCAUUCUUAAAGGGACUUAUUUCACAUUGCUGUACCUUAUGAGCUUUUGAGGGUGCUGUGAAGAGUAGACAUUUAAUAUAUUGAUAUAAUACUGUCACGCCCUGGCCUUAGUUAUCUUUGUUUUCUUUAUUAUAUUAGUUAGGUCAGGGUGUGACAUGGGGGAUGUUUGUGUGCAUUUGUCUCGUCUUG